AUGGCAGCUGAGGAAUGCUACUGCGCAAGGCGAGCCUAUCAAACUACCCCGGUCCCGCUCGAGACCGUCGCCAAGUCAACCAUCGUGUCAUCGCUCGAGAGUUGGAGAACUGCGCACGGCGUCGCCCCAUGCACAAAGACGUUUUUCACUACUGCUGGCCGCUCUUGUGCACAGAGAAUCACAGUAAUCCAUCACCAAGCAACUUUGGUAGCCUACUCCGAUGACCCCAUGAACGGUACUGGUACCUGCGUGGCUGUGCAUUCCCCCAUGGUCGUAAAAAUAGAUGCUCGGCCACUAGAUGAGAAUUUGACAACUGCAGCUGCCCAAAGAGACCAAGUGCAGCAUUGA